AUGGCUCCUACACCUCAAGAGACGGCCUUCGAGCAGGUCCCCCCCAAGGAGACCGUGCACAGACCCUUGACUGGAAAUGAAGUCGUUAUCAGUGGGAUAUCGGGGAUAUUUCCCAAGUCUAACAGCGUCCUGGAGUUUAUGAACAAUUUAUACAAUAAGGUGGAUAUGGUGACCACAGAGAAUCCGCGAUGGAUUUUCAACCACCCUGAAGUACCUAAGCAUUUGGGAAAGGUAAACGGAAUGGGAAAGUUCGACGCUCAGUUCUUCCGGGUCCACUUCAAGCAAGCCUGCACCAUGGAGCCGAUGAGCAGGAAACUUCUGGAACACGCGUACAGCGCCAUCUAUGAUUCUGGUAUUAAUCCCCUUCAAUUGCGUGGUUUGAAAGUGGGAGUGUUCAUCGGAUCGACCUUCUCCGAAUCUGAGAGAAUUGUCAUUUAUGAAAAUGUACAGCGCAACGGUUUCGGCAUCACCGGAUCUAACAAAGCUAUGUACGCGAAUCGUAUUUCCUAUUGGAUCGACGGUAAGGGACCGUCGUAUGCAUUGGAUGUGGGAUGCGGUAGCUCCAUGGCGUGCCUGGAGUACGCAUAUAAAUCAAUCAGCUCGGGACAGUGCGACGCAGCUAUAGUCGGAGGCUGCAAUCUAUGUAUGCAGCCCACCAUCUCUCUGAACAAUAAAAGAGCUGGUUUUCUAUGUAUGGAUGGAAAAAGUAAAUGCUUCGACAAGAACAGCGACGGUUAUGUGAGGUCGGAUGCAAUUAGCGUAUUAUUUUUGCAGAAAGCUAAACACGCAAAGAGAAUUUAUUCAGAAGUGUACUAUGCAAAGGGGAAAUAUGGUUUGAAGGGAACUGAAAAUUUUUGCGCUGUCCGCGACCCACAAGAGAUACAAGAGUUUUUGGAAGCUUUCUACUCGUCUAUUAACGUGUCGCCGAAAGAUGUGGAAUAUAUAGAGGGCCAUGGAUCUGCUAAUGCUACAGCAGAAAGUAAUGAGCUUCAAGCAAUUGCAAAAGUGUUUGCAAAAGACGAGCCUAUAAAAAUUGGCAGUGUCGUGUCUAAUAUGGGCCACAGUGAACCCGCUUUUGGAACCUGCGCUCUGACUAAGGUCUGUCUUGCAUAUCAUCAAGGUAGCAUACCAGCUAACCUUCAUUACAAUGAACCGCACGAUGAAAUACCUGCAGUACGCGAAGGUAAAAUUCAAGUAGUGAAUGAACAGACUCCAUUUGGAAGGGGCUUCUCCGCUUUAAAUUGUUUCUCUUACACUGGAGUUAACAUUCAUGUUUUAUUAAAAGGACAUUACAAAGAAAAGAAUCUAGAACGCUAUAAGUGCAGCAUCCCACGCAUGGUUUUCGUGUCUGGAAGACAGGAAUCUUCUGUAAACCACGUGUUCGACUUAUUGAAGAAUCAACCUGUGGAUCCAGAGCAAAUUGGACUCUUACAUAACAUCCAUGAGAAUGAAAUACCUGGACAUAUGUGCAGGGGUUAUAUUAUUCUUGAUACAAAUGAACAGAACGAAACUGUUAAUGUUGCCGAGAGUUUAGACCACUACCCGGGUAUCAAUAGACCAUUAUGGUUCGUCUACAGCGGUAUGGGGUCGCAAUGGGCUGGAAUGGGCGCAGGUCUUAUGAGUAUACCCAUUUUUGCAGCAGCUAUUGAAAAAUGUCAAAAGGUUCUGGAACCGAAAGGAAUCGAUUUAAUUCAUAUCUUAACUCACCCAGACAAAAGCAUUUAUGAUAAUAUAUUGCAUUCUUUUGUUGGAAUCGCGGCAGUUCAAAUUGGUUUGACUGACAUUCUUAAAGAAUUGGGAGUUGUUCCUGACAAUAUUAUUGGUCACAGUGUGGGAGAACUGGGAUGCGCCUAUGCAGACGGUUGUUUUACUGCUGAGGAAAUGAUUCUGUCAGCGUACAGUAGAGGACUGGUUUCCAUUCAAACACCAUUCAUUCGUGGAUCAAUGGCUGCCGUCGGUAUUGGACAUGAAGCGAUCUUAGCUCUAUGCCCGCCAGAGAUUGAGGUGGCUUGUCAUAACAGUUCAGACUCUUCGACCAUAUCAGGCCCUGCUGAUAUCAUGAAGGAAUUCGUCAGCGAUUUGACUGGUCGUGGUAUAUUCGCUAAAGAAGUGCCAUGCUCUAACAUUGCCUACCAUUCACGAUAUAUCGCUGAAGCUGGUCCUGCAUUAUUGAAAUAUCUGAGUGAAGUUAUCAAAACUCCAAAGGAGCGCAGUCCGAAAUGGGUAUCAACAUCCGUACCUCAGGACCAGUGGGAAGAACCGAAAGCAAAAUAUUCGUCAGCUGAAUAUCACACCAACAAUCUACUGAAUUCAGUGCUCUUCGAAGAGACUUCAAAACUGAUUCCGGCAAAUGCUCUAGUGAUCGAAAUAGCUCCUCACGGACUGCUGCAAGCUAUCUUGAAGAGGUCUCUAAAUGAGUGUGUACAUGUUCCUUUGACUAAAAGAGGGAACACUGACCCUGUUAAAUAUCUGUUGGAAGCUAUCGGAAAGUUGUAUCAAGCCGGAUUGAAUCCCAAAUUGGACAUCCUGUAUCCCAAAAUCGAAUAUCCUGUAUCAACGGGGACUCCAUUACUUUCUCAUUUUGUUGACUGGGUACACAGUGAGGAUUGGCCUGAAGCCAGAUAUAAUACGAAAAUGCGGGUGGUUGCAACCAGACGUAUGUUCAAUAUGUCUAUCUUUGACGACGAUUACAAAUAUUUCGAAGGGCACGUCAGAGAAGGUUUCAAUAUAUUCCCGGAAUCUGCAAUUUUAUUCCUCGUUUGGGAAACUUUAGCUAUGUUCAAAGAGGUAGACUAUAGAGAGAUGUCUGUGAUAUUCAAAGACGUAAAUUUUCACGGUGAAGCCACUAUUAGGAAGGAAGCGCCAGUGAAGUUUGAAAUUUUGAUAUACAAGGGAAGCUACUACUUUGAGGUCAUAUAUGAAAAUUCAAGUAUUGUAGAUGGUUACAUCAAAUACGACAAAGAACCUGCACCACCUGCUGAAAAAGAAGAAGAAGAGCAACCAGUGGUCACUGAACAAGAAAUAAUGUUAAACUUCAGUGACAUCUAUAGAUUUUUCAGUCAGAGAGGAUACGCUUACCAGGGUGAAUUUCAGUCAAUUAAAUCAGUAACUAACAACUUUUCUAAAGCAAACGUGAAAUGGACCGGUGAAUGGAUAACGUUUUUGGACUCGAUGAUACAAAUAAACGUACUGUCAAACAAAUAUGAUGGAAUAUCAACUGUUAAAGUGAUAGAGAAUUUGGUAAUAAAUCCUGUCGAACACAAGCGUGUUAUAGAGAAGCUUCCUACUGGCACUGAGACUGUAGAAGUUAAUCAUGAUUAUAUAUCGAGAGAGACUAGAUACGGCGGUGUCCAAUUAAAUAAUAUUGAAUUUUACAAUAAGCCUUUCAAGCAACAAGUUCCUGAUGUACUUCAAACAAAACAAUUUGUUCCACACUUUCUAACUGGAUAUAUUGAUUUAGUUUCUGCUCUACAAAUUAAUUUACAAGUCACGGUCGAUAAUAUAUCGGCUAACGAAAUAAAUAUCACGAAUCUGUCUGUCCCUACAUUUGCAAUUACGAAUGAAAUUCUAAGAGAAGCAGCCGAUAGAAUACCAGACGCAGUAUUCAAUACGUAUGCUAAAGAAAUUGUUAACUUCGCUACCAUUAAAACAGAUAGACAUGUUUUGAAAGGCAACGUGAUUGUUAUCGAUGAUCUGCUUACUGACGAAAAGAAAAUGACAAAUUUACACGGUGCCAUUGUCGAAAACACUUUCGUAAUAACUAUGGAGAAAGACACAUCAAAAAUAUGCCCCAAAUAUAAAUUAUUCGAUGUAAUUACUGUCAUGUCAACACAAAACCAGUUUCUGAUUUUGCUUAAAAAAAUAACUGCGACUAAAGAGAAAGAAAAGGUGAAGUAUAUAUCUAUCGCUCAUGAUCUGAACUUUUCCUGGGUGCCAGAGGUAGAGAAGGAACUGCGGACGUCGUCACGUGUCAUUCUCGUUUCUGAUAAACAACAUUAUUGUGGACUUAUUGGUUUGGUUAAAAAGCUUAAAAAUAAAUACAGAGCUAACAUUAGUUUAGUGGUCAUCGAAGACUACCAUGCACCUGCAUUUAACCCUGCAGACAGUUUAUAUCAGGAUCAACUACAAAAGCAAUUAACUUUUAAUGUUUUAAAGCAGGGUAAAUGGGGGUCCUAUUACUACGUGCCCAGUGCGACAUCCACUCGCCUGGGCAGCAUAAAACUCACAAGUGCAGUGCCGGGCGACCUCGCCAGCUUAACGUGGAGAGAGCCUGACACGCCUGCGUCCAGCAAGACUUCGGUGACGGUUUAUUAUGCUGGACCGUCCGCAAGAGACGCACAGAGAGCUGUUGGACAAGUAACCGAUAGUAAGGAAUUUGGAAUGGACUUUAGUGGAAUUACCAAGAACGGUGAAAAAGUCAUGGGUCUUAUACCUGGAGGAGCGUUAUCCAGCACUGUCGAAGCUGAUCCAGACUUGCUUUGGCCAGUCCCAGCACAUUGGAAUCUCGAAGAUGCUGCCACAGUACCUUUGGCCUAUAUCCACGCUUACUAUUGUCUGGCUAUAAGAACAAAAUUAAUGGAGGGUACGACGGUGCUGGUGACCGGCGGCGCUGGUGCCCUGGGCCAGGCAGUUAUAUCAAUUUGCCUGUCCCUGAACUGCACCGUGUUCACGACUGUCAGUGAUAUUAAAAAGAAACAAUUCUUGCUUAAACUAUUCCCAACUCUUGAUGAGAAGAAAAUUGGCAAUUCUCGUGAUAUAUCAUUUAAAGAUAUGGUUUGUAUGGAAACUAAAAACAAACGCUGCGGCAUCGUUAUCAACUGUACCAGUGGACUUAUAAGUGAGACUGCAUUGGUGUGUGGUGGAUUUGGUUCGGUUAUUAUCAAUGUAAAUGACUUUGACUCGCAUGCCAACAAGCAUUUCGGAAUGUAUCAAUUAACAGAAGAAAGAAAUUUCCUGGCUGUGAACAUGUCUGCAAUAUUUGAACCGCAAAAUUUGAAUCUCCGAAAGAAAUUGCAAGUAUAUCUAAGUGAAGGGAUAGCAAAUGGUUAUGUGAGGCCUCUGACACGUGUGUUAUAUUCACCAAAUGAUAUAGUUAGGGCAUUCAGACUCUUAUCGCAGAGCAAACACAGAGGACGAGUUCUGAUUAGGAUGAAGGACCCUGUUGCUACAGAUGCCAGCUGCAAUGGCAUACCAAUUGUAACAUACAAUCCAACACAAUCACAAAUAGUAGUGUGUAAUGAAGUAAUAUUGGGAGCGGAAGUGAUAGAGAGGCUUGUGAGAAGAGGAGCCAAGUACAUUGUCAUUCACGCGGACUCUUAUACUUUGACGAAGUAUUUCCUUUCUAGAAUAGAAUCUUGGAAAGCACUGGGAGUGACUAUAAAACUCGUCGCUGUAAACUUACAAACUGAAAAAGGUUGCAUUGACGUCCUAAAUGAGGCGAGGAAGUUGGGUAAUGUAGAGGGAAUAUUUGUAGUUCAGAAACAUUACAGUGUUAAACAAGAAAGUUUUAAGAAAGAGGAAGCUUCUAAGAUAUUCAAAGAAACAGCGCUGGUCGUUGCUAAUAUGGAUCUAAUAUCUAGAAAUAUUUGUAAAGAGUUAAAAUACUUCGUUGUUUUAGCACGGUCAUCAGAGAAUGCCAGUGAUGAAUAUUCAACUUCUGUAUCUGAGAAAGUUUGUGAAAUGAGAUCGGAAGUUGGAUUGCCAGCACUUUUCUACCGCAUCGAUUGGACAGAUGAGCUAAGCACAAAUACAGAUAAUCAACACAAACUACCGUUGCAAUCAUACUUUUCUAUACUGAACGCUCUUGAAACAAGUCUCAAACUUGAAAAUAGUAAUGUUAUAUCGUUUAAUAUCAAUAAGCGUGUCUCUGAAAAUAUCAUAAGCAAAAUUGAAACAAUAUUGGGUAUUAAAAGUAUAAAUGAGGUACCGGACGAUGUUACAUUGGAAGACUUCAGUCUCAACGAAGUGAGUCUAGAAGAAAUAAAGUCUGUUAUAAAGGAAACAUAUCACGUGGUGUAUCCUACGAAAACACUGCAACAAAUGACGAUUGAAAGCUUUAAAAAUUUAAAACAAAUUGUCAUGGUACAGAAUACUCAAUUUGACAGCGGUCUCGGUGCAUUUUAUACGUUCAUAGAUGACGAUGAAUGUAAAGCAACCGAGCCUAUGGUGGUGAUGCCUACGAAAUUGAACAGUUACAUUGAGAACGAAGAAGAGUUGAAUUUCAACGCUAACUUCCUGAUGAUGAUACCAGGUUUCGAGGGUCAUUACAGAAUAUUCCGAACCAUAUCUGAGAGACUCAAAAUCCAGGCCAUGACGUUCCAAUUGGGGCCAGAUUUGAAAGAUGAAACUAUUUCAGAAAUGGCCAGCAAUAUUCUAACGUUCGUGAAGAAAAGGUUUGAGAUGAAACCAAAUUUCUACCUCUUGGGCUACUCAUUUGGAGUCAACAUCGCGCUUGAGUUGGCAGCAUUGCUGGAGAAAGAUGGUCACAAAGGGAUCGUAUAUUGUUUGGACAGCAGCCCGGACGCACUGCGGACUCAUUUGAAUGCAUACGUAGGUAAUUUAUCAGAUUCAGACCUAGAAAAUGCUAUCAUCGAACAUUUCUAUCAACUCAUGGCUGGAAAACAUAAUGAAGAACUUAAAAAGGAUUUACAAAACGCCGAAACCUGGUCUGAGAAGAUUGAAGCCUGCACAUUUAAGCUUAAAGGACUGGCUAAAUACUCGUUGGAGUAUAAAAAUUCGUUGUUCAAUGAAGCGUAUAGGAGAAUCAAAAUGGCAUAUGAAUACGAGCCUAAAUUCAAGUUGGAGUCGCAAUUGGUGUUGAUUCGAGGCAUCGCUCAUCCUAAAGCAGAGAAUCUGUCUGAUGAUUAUAAUUUAUCGAAGUAUACAACACAGCCGGUGAAGAUUGUGGACAUAAAUAGUGACCACAGUCUGGCACCAAACGAUUGCAGGAUCUCCAACAUCAUUAAUAGCAUGUUAGAUGAGCAUUUGAUCGAGGAGUACCAAAAGACGAGCCAGUGCGAAGUGUAUUACGCAAACGCAUUCAAGAUGUUCUAA